CGUCUCCGGCGUGGCUGCUUCACUUAUCUAAACCGCGUCUAUUGACUUCCAUCCAUAUGCUUUUCCAUCGACGUUGCCCCAGGUCGCAACAUUUCCCUUAAACCAAAACUUUCUUUUACUUUAACAUACGUUCCUUUCUUGGCGACUAGUGUGAAUGCGCUGCAUAAUUGGUGGCUUUUACCUAAUAAAACGUUUGGAUUUGAAGAUGCGCCAAUUCCCUUUGCACUUCUAAUUUGUUUUUCGUUCUGUAUUGACGAAACCUAUUUCCGCGACACAUUUUAAUAAACUUCAACUUCCCUUUAACAUGGCAACUUCAGAGGACUCCGCGCCAGCCCGAGAGGCAGCGGGCUCUCUCGCCCUUAAGAAGGGUUUGGAACUGUAUGCGCAGGAAGACUACGAGGCUGCAGCGAAAUUAUUCAAGAAGGCUAUAAACUCUUGCAGCUGUCAAAUCCAUGGCGGGAUGCUGUUAGACUCGAACGAAGAUAUCUUGACGGGCAUUGAAAACAACCAAUUGAAGGAAGUCCUUUCAACCUUGACGCCCCGUUCCAGACGCUGUGACAAGCACGUUCAUAUUCGCGCUCUUGACUCGCUUAUUGCUACAUACGAGAUGUUGUUCAAAUUAGACAAGUGCCUUAACCUCGCCGUGGGUAUGGUUAACCUCGCCCCGAGGGAACCCAAGGUCUAUCUGCGUCUCGGUAAGAUCCUUCGCCUGAAAAGCAAGCAAACCCUUGCGUACCACAUGUAUAGACAAGGCAUUGAACUUGUGGAGAGAAAGAACCCUAAUCAUUCUUUGUUGCCUAAGUUGCGAGUCCAGAGAGAUAGGGUAGCUGCUUUAGCCGCGUUUGAUCCCGUCACGAAGUUUCCUAUCGAACUUGUUCGUAUGACAUUCGAGUUUCUUGACUUCAAGACCUUGUGUCGCUGCUUGAGAGUUUCUAAGGCUUGGAACAAUAUCUUGACCAAAUCAAACGUCCUCAGAGACUUGUGGCAUGUCCAGACAUACAAGCUCACCCAAAGAAGUCAUCCUGGCAUUCGAAGAAUGCUACCUGCCUUCAAAGCGUACAACAAAUACGGCAAGAAUGCUCUGAGAGAGUUGUCUAUCGAUGGCCUGUCCCACUUCUUGCAGUGGUGUAAGUUCUCACAAGUUAUAGAAAUCUCUCAGCAACUCAAGGUACUUAAACUCCGAGAGCCGCGAGGUUCUUUUGAAUUGGAAUCAUUGCCCCCAAAAUUACGGCUACCAAAGCUCACUAACCUCUCCUUGGGUUACGGAGUACGGCCGCGACCUCAAGUUUUAGAGCAACUGAUAACUGCAUGCGGGAGCUCGCUGGAAGAGCUGUCAAUCUUCGAGCUCCCGCACUGUGACAGAUUGGCAUCUGAUCAGGUGCCAUGGUAUCCUGGCUGGGUAAAACUUGAAAAGCUGAAAGUUGUUCGACUCGCAUAUCCGAAUUACGAAUUACGUGCAGACCCUCUCCCCAACUUGCGUGGCAUCAUGGAGUUGGCUCCUAACGUGGAAGAAGUCUGGAUCGACAAUCUCACGUACUCGUCCAAGCUGCUAAUGACCAAAUGGCCAAAACUGCAAUACAUAUUUGUUGGAAAUCGUGCUCGCUUGGACACUGUCAUUGGUGAAGGUGACGUGAAAGGUGGUUACAACGAAGAUAUGCGUGAGCUGCAUUUUGAGGGUCGGUCUGUUCAGUCACGCUUCAGUACGUGUUACCCUCCUAUGGUCACAAGCAACCCUCAAGCACCAUGGUUGCUAACUAUCCAUGUUGGACCUUUAGUCCUCCCCCAGCUUCGUCGACUUGAGAGAUUGUCGAUACUACUGCACACCCCCCUCACUACCUCUGAAUUCGAAACCAUUGUUCGACCUGGCAUGGAAUCCGGUACUCUGCGAGAGCUCGACAUCCGACCAUUCCCCGUGCCUAUGCUAUUCGGAAGCCUCUUCAGAAUUGUGAUUCCGGACUGGUUUAGAAGCGAAAGUCUCACAUACCUCAGCAUUACAGGACUGACCGUGGCAAAUCUUUGCCAGUACAAGCAGUGUGACGAGGGGCUACUCAAGCUUGUCAGUCGCUUUCCUAAUCUGCGCAGUAUUGAUAUCUCUAAUGAGCAGUUUUCGGAUGCUUUACUCGCAAAGUUCAUCCAACGCGGGGUUAAGAUAAUAUACCAUCGAGCAAAACAGUCGAAGGCGGACCUUCAGGAGUGGGCUGCUACUCAUUAUAAUGCUCAGGUUAUCAGUAGGCCGCCGCCUCACCUGCCAUCGAUGCACCCUGAUCGACAACGCUUCUUCAACGAUCACUUGCAAUUCUCAAAUACCGAGCUACCGUAG